UUGUGUUAGUUAGUUUUAUUUUCGUAUUCAAUUAUUUUCACCUAAAAUUAUCAAUAGUAUUUUUUCCUAAGUUGCAUAAUUGCCGGAGACAAUGCUGAAACUGGCUGCUUUGAUGGGGAGAAGCACACACACGGACUAGCUAGUUUUUUUGGUUUGGAAGAUAUGGCGGAGGGAGCUGUGACUGGAGCUGCAUCUGAUGUAAACACAACUGUCAACUCGACGGCGAAUGCCAUGGCUUACUUACAAGAUGAGAUGAAGCCGGACUCAGAUGCCAUGGCCCCCCUUAACCUGGGAGACUUGGAUUUGACCACAGAUGAGUUCAUUUUGGAUGAAGUGGAUAUUCACAUCCAGGCUAAUCUUGAAGAUGACUUGGUGAAGGAGGCAUUGAAAACGGGAGUUGACCUCAGGCAAUACUCAAAGCAAGUUGAGGCUGAACUCCAGCGGAUUGAACAGGCUUCCAUCAAAGAUUAUAUCAAGGAGAGCCAGAACAUUGCCUCUCUGCACAACCAGAUCACCGCUUGUGACUCCAUACUGGAGCGAAUGGAAGGCAUGCUGAGCGGCUUCCAGAGUGACCUCUCGUCCAUCAGCAGCGAGAUCCAGACGCUGCAGCAGCAGUCGGUCAGCAUGAACAUGCGGCUGAAGAACAGGCAGGCCGUACGCAGCCACCUCAGCCAACUGGUGGACGAGCUGGUGGUACCUGGAGCCAUGAUCCAGAUAAUCCUUGAGAGCCCGGUUACCGAGCAGGAAUUCCUCGAGCAGCUCCACGAGCUGAACAACAAGAUCAACUUCGCCAAAGAGCUCAGCUUCAGGGAGACUCUGGCCUGUUCUGACAUCCAGGACAUUGUGGACCGCCUCAAAAUUAAGGCUGUAACAAAGAUCAGAGAAUUUAUCCUGCAGAAGAUAUAUUCCUUCAGAAAGCCCAUGACCAACUAUCAAAUCCCUCAGAAUACUCUCCUCAAGUACAGGUUUUUCUAUCAGUUCCUCUUGGCAAACGAAAGGACGGUUGCUAAGGAGAUCCGGGAUGAGUACGUAGACACCAUGAGUAAGAUCUACUACAGCUACUUUAAGUCCUACAGUGGCCGGCUCCUCAAAGUCCAGUAUGAGGAGGUGGCAGAUAAAGAUGACCUGAUGGGAGUGGAGGACACAGCCAAGAAAGGCUUCUUCUCCAAGCCCUCCCUGAAGAGCAGAAACACCAUCUUCACCUUGGGCCAGCGGGGGGCGGUGCUGAGCCCUGCCGAGCUGGAGGGACCGAUCCUCAUCCCACACACGGCCCAGCGAGGGGACUGCAGGUAUCCCUAUGAGACCCUGUUCCGAAGUCAGCACUACGCCCUGUUGGACAACGGCUGUCGCGAGUACCUCUUCCUGUCCGACUUCUUCAUGGUGGCCGGAAACUCCGCUCUGGACCUCUUCAACAGCGUCAUGGGGAAGACACUCAGCCUGUUCCUGAAGAGCAUGUCCACGUAUGUUUCGGACUGCUACGACAGCAUCGCCGUGUUCCUGUGCAUCCACAUCAUCCUGCGUUUCAGAGCCAUCACGGCCAAGAGGGCCAUCCCGGCCCUGGACAAAUACUGGGAGGCAGUGCUGGAGCUCCUGUGGCCCCGCUUUGAGCUCAUCCUGGAGAUGAACAUUCAGAGCAUUCGCAACACGGACCCGCAGAAACUUGGCCUGCUGGACACCAGACCACACUACAUCACACGCCGAUAUGCCGAGUUCUCUUCUGCCAUCGUCAGCAUUAACCAGACAUUCACCAGCGAGCGAACCCACACCCUCCUUGGCCAACUGCAGAUUGAGGUGGAGAACUUUGUGCUGAAGAUGGCGGCGGAGUUCCCUUCACGCCGGGACCAGCUCAUUUUCCUCAUCAACAACUACGAUAUGAUGCUCAACGUGCUCAUGGAGAGGGCAGCCGAUGACAGUAAAGAGGUGGAGGGCUUCCAGCAGCUCCUUCAGGCCAGGAGCCAGGAAUUUAUUGAGGAGAUCCUGUCGACUCCAUUCGGCGGCAUGAUAGCGUUUGUAAAAGAGAGCGAGGCGCUGAUGGAGAAAGGGCAGCUGGAUAGACUGAAAAACGACGAAGCCCGCAUCACCCAGUUAGUCAGGGGUUUCUCAAGUACAUGGAAACAGUCGGUGGAGGCACUGAGUCAGGAUGUCAUGAGGUCCUUCACCAACUUCAAGAACGGAACUGGCAUCAUUCAGGGGGCUCUCACCCAGCUCAUCCAGUACUACCAUGGUUUCCACAAGGUGCUGUCCCAGCCCACCUUCCGCAGCCUGGCCGUGCGCUCGGAGCUCAUCAACCUGCACCAUCUAAUGGUUGAGGUUAAAAAACACAAGCCCAACUUCUAACCGGGCACAUCCAAGGCUAAAGAAAGUGGAAUGGUAGGUAUGUGACGGGUUGAACUCUUGGAAACACGUGGAAAUGUGUCCACUUCAGCUUAUGAUGUAACCUCACUAAUGGGGUCUGUGAAAUCCGCUGUAAAUAUAGUUUGCGAUUUGAUGUUGGGUUCGGUCUUGGGGGAAAGUUCUACCUUUUACAUGGGAACUGGGUUCUUUGUUUUUGGGGGAGGGGAUGAAUGAGGAUUCUGUAGUUAUGGUUAUUCACAGGAGAGAUCAAAGAACAAAACCUGGACAAGGACAACUGAGGAGAUUCUAGUCCAACAGCCAUCAAAUUCACUUCACCCUAACACAUAAUUGAUCAAUGACUGGCGUAUGAGGGAACUUGCCUGUUUUCCAGGUAGAAUCCAAUCUUUGUUAAAAGUCAGUGAUAGACAAAUAAAAACAUACAUUGAAGCCCUCAAGGACCAGAGCUAUGCAUGGGCAGUCUACUCCAUUUUGAGACAGGGAACAGGUGGUGUCAUGAAUGUUCUGUGAGAAAGGAGAGGGGCUAGUAUGUGUGGCUGACCCUUUUGUUUUCUCCUGAUGUGUGUGUGUGUAUAUACUGUACAAUAUAAACAUUUUCAAUGUAGAUCUGUACAAAUAGUAAAUCCAUUAUAUUUAAUGUAAUCACAAGGCUGUAAAAUGAUCACAUGGCUGUUGCUGUCAUUUUUAAUGCUUUAAUGAACUUAAUUCCACAUUACAAUUAAAUUAAACAACAAAAACAACAA